AUGCAGGGUGAUAUAGCCAGGUUGCAGGGUGAUAUAGCCCGGUUGCAGGGUGACAUAGCCAGGUUGCAGGGUGACAUAGCUCGGUUGCAGGGUGACAUAGCCAGGUUGCAGGGUGAUAUAGCCCGGAUGCAGGGUGAUAUAGCCCGGAUACAGGGUGAUAUAGCCCGGAUGCAAGGUGAUAUAGCCCGGUUACCGGCUGAUAUAGCUAGGUUACCGGCUGAUAUAGCCCGGUUGCAGGGUGACAUAGCCAGGUUGCUGGGUGAUAUGAAGACCAAAGAUGGAGCUGUGUGUACAACAUCACAGUUUUUGUGUGAGGAGCACCACCACUGUAUAUUUGUGAGAUACCGCUGUAACGGCCAGGAGGACUGUCUUGAUGGAUCCGACGAACACAACUGUGAAGAGAACCCAUGUGCAGACCAGUUCCCAUGUCUGAAUGGUCACUGUGUGGACCGAAGUCGUGUGUGUGACGUCCAUCACGAGAAUGACUGCGGGGAUUGGUCAGACGAACAGUGCCUGUACUUACCACAGUACCAAACUGCAGUAAAUGAGACAACUGUUGACUUCCCACCUGAGGAUACUACAGAGGAGGACCAGAUGACUUGGCUAAAAACUACCGUCUACGCUGUCAUCGGCUGUACUGUGGGGAUUGUCCUGUUUAUUUCCAUCAUCGUUGUGGUUGUGUUUCGUAUCAGGAUGAAGCGUGAUGCAUGUCACCAAAGAGAGAGGGCCCUGCAACAACACCAGGGGAUACAACCGUCCUCAUCUCACAAUUCACGACGGAGUGGGGAACCUCAGGAGAGUCAGCCAUUUAUAGAAGGACGACAGAAUUAUGGCAAUAUUAUUGUGAAUGUUAAUAAUGGUGUCCAGUAUGUGCCAAUGUCGGAGUUUGUGGUGAUGGAGUCGCCACCGACUUAUUCCGAGGUAGUUGAGGAAAUACAGGUUCAGCGUAACUCUCCCCCGCCCGAUUACAGUACCCUAGAUAGAUUUCCACAGAGGCCAAACUCACUACAAGUACAGACAGCAGCCAGUAACCAUCAAACACCACACCGAUGUACAAGACGAACAGCACCAUCUAGUGAUGACCAAGGGACACUACCCCCUUAUACUACAGACUCUCGCCCACCUACACAUUCAGUGUCUGUCCAGACCACCCGAAGCCAAACUUCAGGUCAAGGUCAGACAGGGCGAGCACAUUAUCAGCGAGGUGGAGAUUCAACACGAACUUCAACCUCUCGGGGCCUGUCUAAGCAACCAAAUAUGGCAGUGCAUGGUGGACAGAUAAUCCUCCGUGACCAGCACCUCCCUACAAUUCAAAGCUGUUCCCCAACCUCAAGUGAAGCCACCACAAGUGGUACACAGCCAUCACAGUUACAAGUACAGGGUGGGCAGAUCAUGUUGAGUGGUUCAAGAGGUAUCUCUGCCUCUCCUACCACACACCAGGGGACUAGUUCAGAUGUACCAGUGACAUCUUCUAGUGCUGAGAGAGAGCUACCUCCACUGCCGUCAUCUGAACAUUGUUUUGCUCCACCUGGUGGCAGCCAACAGGAAGUGUUAUCAACACAGUCCGGUGGCACACAAGGAAGGCCACCUAGUGACACUAGUCGUAGUGAGGGACAAUUGGCUGGUAGUCUUGUGUCUGCUUCAUCACCCCAAAAUCCCUUAAAUAUAGUAUCUUCACCUCCACCUCUGACUAAUGUAUCCUCAUCUCUACCCAUCAAUAUUUUACCUCAUGUAUCUCCUGUUUUACCUGCAAAUGUUGAUACUCCUCCUAUACCCAGAAACACUGAAUCCUCACCUAUACCCAGAAACACUGAAUCCUCACCUAUACCCAGAAACACUGAAUCCUCACCUAUACCCAGAAACACUGAAUCCUCACCUAUACCCAGAAACACUGAAUCCUCACCUAUACCCAGAAACACUGAAUCCUCACCUAUACCCAGAAACAUUGAAACCCCACCUCUACCCAGAAACAUUGAAACCCCACCUCUACCCAGAAACAUUGAUUCCCCACCUCUACCCAGAAACAUUGAGUCACAGUCUUUACCCAGAAACAUUGAGUCACAGUCUUUACCCAGAAAUAUUGAGUCACAGUCUCUGCCAAGAAAUAUUGAGUCACAUCCUCUGGUAGCACGCAAUGAGUCACAGCCACUACCAGUAAACAGCGAGUCACAUGACCUACCUCCACCACAUAUACAAUCGUCUCCCGUGGAUACUGUGUUGUUUCCAUUGGAUACCAUGUUAUCAACUCCACCAGCUAGUGUUGUGUCUGAACUAAACGCAGGAAACUCUUCCGUGUUACAAGGUGCAGAGGUCAACAGUUUAACAAGUGAGGAGCCUAAUCUUGUGUGUGGACCUGGGACCUCGUCUGUGAUUAGCCCUGGGGACAACCUGGGGGGUUUGCCGUUAGGCUGUGAGGGAGGGUCAAAAGAGGAAACUGAAGGUCUGUAUGAUGCUCCCUGGGAACGCGAUCUUGAUCUGUUUAUAUCGGAGAUCCCUGAUCAAUGUGUGCCAAGUCAAUCAGACCCUUUAUUAAACCAGAACCAUUCUAACUCUUCUCCAGAUCUUGUAGACAUUGAGUGUGAAGGGAACACAAACCUUGACUCCCUGUCACAAAGUACUUCACCAUCUGGUGCACACAACUACGAAUCAAUCGACGAGCUUCGUAACUACAGAACAUGUGACGCUCCCUCAUUGGCUACUUCCAGUGCUAACAGUACAUUACAGGUUGUCAAUGGUAGAAUCUGUUUAUCAAAUCAAAACACCUUUCCACGCAUGUCAGAUUCUCAUCAUAACUCUACCAACGUUCCAAAGACUUCAGACAACAGCACUUCAUCAGGACCUGGACAACUCACGGUCCGAGACGGCAAUAUCGUUUUUACAUAAUCAUAAAUUAUUUGUGUUAAACCUUUAUCAAAGAUGUAAAGGAUGUAAUUUGAUUAUUUGUUGUGUGUUGUGAAAUCUAUGCUUUAUGUUGUAAAGACGAAGGCAACUCUACUUAAAUGGCAUCUACUUAUUAUAUAUGAUAACAUAAACAUUUAUAAUCUUGAUUUAUGAUAAUGGUUGCUAAUUCUAUCCAGGUAAUUUAAAUCAGUGAUGGUCACUAGAAUACAGGUUUUUGGCCUGGAUUGAUAAUGCUAUCAGGUAAUUUAACUCGAUCAUCAUCAUCAUUGUUAUCAAUGAUAUUGCAUUUCUGAUCAAAACAAGAAAGAGGGGCAUUGAUUCAAUAGCUUUUUGUUGUAAUGUUCAUUGAUUUAAGAAACAAUUUUACCUGGUUCUUAUAAAAGAAAAUGUUUUGCUGAUCCUCCUGGUCCUGGUGUUCUUACACACCCAAAAAUGCAAGUAUAAUGAAUGAUGUACUGGAGUCUUGUGUAUGAGAACAUGCAAAAAGAAUUUUUUAAAUGAAGUUGAUAUAAAAAAAAUUAUGUAUGUAUGGCAAAAAAAUGAAUGCACAAUAUUUAUUUUCUUUUAUAUUAAUUGUUUCAAAAACUUUUAAGAAAAUGAGUUAUUUUUCAUAAAAUCAAAUUUUUGUUAUUUUUCUCUGCAAAACUUUUGUUAAGUAUUUCAGAAAUUCGAUGUCGGAUAUAUAUUUCAUCACAAUUUAAAUAAAUAUUUUAAUGCAAGUGAAAUCAACAUAUUUGAUAUUGAGUGUUGUAAUGUAGAACAGACAAUAAGACCAGAGAAAUGUCUCAUAUAAUUGAUCCACAGUAUGAGAGGUGUUAUACCUGUCACUGGGACUUUGUAUGUGUGAGGUGUUGUGUAUACUGGGUUAUACCUGUCACUGGGACUUUGUAUGUGUGAGGUGUUGUGUAUACUGGGUUAUACCUGUCACUGGGACUUUGUAUGUGUGAGGUGUAUACUGGGUUAUACCUGU